AUGACCGAUGAAGUCGCCCCCAGGGAUGUUGGCAGUCAACCCUCGAAUGAGUUGACCACCACAUCAAGCUCCAAACGUCGGCACAAGAUGAACAAAGCUUGUGUCGCAUGUCGCAGCACCAAGACAAAAUGUCUCCCAUCGAAAUUUGGAGACUCUUGUGAAGCAUGUGUUAAGAAGUCCAGAUUAUGCGUCCCUACUGGGCCAAUUAAACCUCGCAUCAAAUCAUCAGAAAAGUUCUCGGAACUUGAAAAGAAGAUCGAAAGCCUGACGAAGGCUCUAGGAGCAAAGCAUCAGCCGCCAACUCCACCGGAGUCUGGACGGUCAAUAGUCUCGUCUGAAGAUCUUAUUCAAGACCGCAACACCUAUACCACCGCUCAAUCUCUCAAUCAACUGCCUGACCGUCUAGAGAAGACUACCUUGUCCAGGCUCCCGGAUGACUUGAGGACCACAAGACGGACAUGUAUCGAUGUAAUCGACCAAGGGUUUAUUGACUAUCCAACUGCAGAAGUCCUGUUCAAUCAUUACAGCAUUAGCAUGCAACCGAUUCUUCCGAUCGUCAAUUUCUCGGGCGAGAACCAUUUGGACCGAGUCCGAGCUACGAAACCGAUGUCCCUGCUAGCCAUCCUUGCAGUCUCGAGCGCAUCAAUACUGCCAUCAUUUGAACAUCGCCUGAUAAUGGAAUUAAAUGAGCAGCUCGCACGGCACAUUUUUAUCGUUGGAGCACGAUCGCUCGAUCUAGUUCAAGCAAUGCUCAUCUACUCUCAAUACUAUAUUCGCCCAGCAGCCUCAAAAAAUUUUACUCAGACACACUUUGUGUCAUCUGCAGUGGCGAUGUCAUAUGAUUUGUCGAUACAUAGGACUGAGGGGAGUUCGCGUGGCCCAAGGAAUCAAACAGAACAUGAGCACGCUCGUACAUGGCUAAGUUGUUGGUUUGCAGCCUCGUUAAACUCAAUAGUACUUCAUCAGCCAAGCAUAGUGUCUGCAACAAAUGAAGUUGAUAGUGGUCUGCAACGGUUUCUGAGCGAUUUCGAGUCUAGCCACAAUGAUCAGUGGCUAUUCAGACUAUUCCGCCUGCAACGACUGGUUGAAGAUACCAAAACAAUUUAUGGACCAAUGAGUUCGAAGCCUGUUGACAGUCUAGAUGACAAUGCCAACGCCAUGAAGCUGAAGAUGUGCCAACAGCGUCUGGAGGACUGGAAAUCGACCGGCACCCCAAAUUUGGACACACGUCUCAAUGCUUGUGCCAUACAUUUUGCAGAACUAGUCGUCCAUCAGAUUGCGAUGCGAAACGUCGUCAACAGAGUUUAUGCAUCUUACCAUGCGAACAAAGCGACUCCUGGCGCCACAGGUUUUAGCCUUUGCUUCGCUCCAUGGCAAUUAGAAGCUAUCUGGCGCUGUGUGGUCUCUUGCCAGGGCCUCCUCGAUAUAUACUGUGGCUUGGAAGACUCUCUGGUACGGUCUCUACCCAACAUGUUUCUUGUGUGGACUAUUUUUGCAGGCUUCACUUUAGUGAAGCUCGGUUAUUUGGCAGAGGGUGCAUCGUCGCCAGACUCAUCAAUAAUGGCAAAUAUGCUUAGCCAGAAAUCGACCCCGGAAUUUCUCGACGCCAUGGUGACCAAGAUCGACGUCGUCUCACGCAAUGGCUAUUUGCCCCAGGCUAAAGGCUUUGGUCUUGCCUUCAAGAAAUUGAAGUCAUACUACUUACAAAAGAAGCACACCUGCCUUCAUUCGGGGGGUGAUUGUGAAUUUGGCGUCGACGGUGAAGCCGCGGAGGUCGUCGAUCCUUUGGGAGGCGCUCUGAGACAGAGUGCGAUGGAUCCCUCAAAUGAGGUGCUAGGUGAAUCAGACUGGCAGAGUGUUGAAUUUCGACAGAGCCCCGGAGGUAGUUCCAGUGCGCGCCAAACCGUACUCGAGCAGCCAUUGCAAGUAUUUACAGAGGUAUCUCAAGACAUGACUGACGCACCAGAUGCUUCGUUUCCUGAUGUUUACAACCCAUCGGCGUAUGAUCGCACCGACUGGAAUGACUUCGUAUUGGACGAUGUUGCUAUGAGAGAAAUCAAUGACUUCAUGAUGGAGGAUGAUCCUGGAUGGAUGAGGUCGUUCCUGUAG